ACUUUGCAAGUAAAAAUCUUCAAGAAGAUUUUAUGUGACUUUAAAAAUCAACUUAGAUGUUUGGAAUUUGGAUUGCUGCACUCUUACUCUUUGGCACGUCGACAGGAAAAGAAGUUUGCUAUGAAAGGGUGGGAUGCUUUAAAGAUGGCUUACCGUGGUCCGGGAUUUUGUCAAGACAGUUGGCAGGUUUACCCUGGUCUCCAGAGAAGAUAAACACUCGCUUCCUACUCUAUACUAGACGUAACCCCAAAGCCUAUCAGGAGAUCAGUGCAGUUAAUUAUCUAAGUAUCCAAGCCUCACACUUCAGAACAGACAAGAUGACCCGUAUCAACAUACCUGGAUGGAAAUCAGAUGGAAAAUGGCAGCAAGACAUGUGCAAUGUGUUGCUAAAAGUGGAAGAUGUGAACUGCAUUAAUUUGCACUGGAUUAACGGCUCACGGGAAUACGUCCAUGCCGUAAACAAUCUCCGCGUUGCCGGGGCGGAGGUGGCUUAUUUUCUUCAUGUUCUCAUGAAAAAAUCUGGAUAUUCCCCUUCUAAAGUGCACUUGAUUGGCCACAGCCUGGGAGCUCAUCUGGCUGGGGAAGCUGGGUCAAGGACACCAGGCCUUGGAAGAAUAACUGGGCUGGACCCAGCCGGGCCGUAUUUCCACAACACUCCGAAUGAAGUCAGACUGGACCCCUCGGACGCUGACUUUGUCGAUGUUAUUCAUACAAAUGGAGUUCGCUUCCUUUUUGAGUUUGGUGCCGGAACUAUUAACGCUUGUGGUCACCUUGACUUUUACCCAAAUGGAGGGAAACACAUGCCAGGAUGUGAAGACUUAAUUACACCUUUAUUGAAAUUUGAUUUCAACGCUUAUAAGGAAGAAGUGGCUUCCUUCUUUGAUUGCAACCAUGCCCGAAGUCAUCGCUUUUAUAUGGAAAGCAUUCUCAAUCCUGAUGCAUUUAUUGCUUAUCCUUGUAGAUCCUACGCCUCUUUUAAAGCAGGAAAAUGCUCCCAUUGUCCCAAAGAAGGUUGCCCAACGAUGGGUCAUUUUGCUGAUAGAUUUCACCUCAAAAAUCGGAAGUCUAAUAGAUCAUAUUAUUUUUUAAACACUGGGGCUCUUUCCCCAUUUUCCCGUUGGAGACACAAAUUGUCUGUCAAACUCGAUGGAAACAAUGUCACUCAAGGGAGCAUAUUUCUCCGUGUAGGUGGAAUGACCAGAAACACAGGAGAGUUGAAAAUGGCCAGUGGAACACUGAAGCCAGGCAUGACAUAUACAAAACUAAUUGAUACAGAUGUUAAUGUUGGAAACAUUACAAGUAUUGAGUUCGUUUGGAAGGAACAUUCAUUUGGACGUUCUCAGAAUAAGCUGGGAGCAGCAAUGGUGAUAGAUAUAUCUGGAAAAUAUGGCUAUGAAUCUGCCUUCUGUAGCCAGGAUAUUAGGGGACCUAACAUUGCCCAGAUCCUGAAACCGUGUUAA